AUGCUGUGGGUUGCCGUUGUGUUGCUGACGCUUUUCUUCGUUGAAGGCCAGGAUCACAUUCUACCGCCACUUGCUGGAUCACGUGUAGAUGAGACUCGUGGCUACGAACUACGUGAAUUUCAAUUGGUACCGCCCUACAGUAACCAUCGACGACUGGAUACUAUACGGAAAUGGCUUCGUCUGACGAGAGAAGAGCCAUCAUUAAGCGGUUCUGUCUGGAGCAGAGGUGGCAUCAUGGCAAGGGACUGGGAGAUUCAGGCACAUUUGCGCAUUUCGUCUGACGGCAUGCCUGCGGACGGUAUGGGAAUUUGGUAUGUUGAAAGAGAUGGUUUCGGAACUGCAUGGGGAGCACCGGCGAAUUUCAAUGGAAUCGGAGUAGUUUUGGACACAUAUGUGAACGAUGGGAGUGACAAUUCCGGACAAACCAUUCGCCUAUUUCUACUGGUCAAUACCCCUACUCAGGGUGUGGAAGUUAACGUAAAUGCUGAUGGAAAUAAUUUAAAAGUUCUACCAGAAUGCCAAUUCAAUUUUCCGCUGACAAUGUUCGUUCCAUCAAUUAAGAUUCUCAUCAGAUAUGCAAAAGAAACUGUCCAGGUUCUUUAUUCACUUCCCAAGGACAACGAAGAGCACUGGAAUCAUUGCACGAACGCAACCAGCUGUACUCGUUUCAGUUAUGAGAUCGAAACGUUCCGUUCAAUUGCCGAUAGGCCAGUGUCGCAGGUGCAAUACUACGGAGGAUAUUUGCCAUCCCGUACUCCCAAGCCGUCAUCUUUUCUCAGCGAUGUGUGGACCUUCAUGCACAUGGUAGUUGUGCUCGUUCUAGUGAUGGGCAUUUUGUAUGGAUUGUAUAAAAUAACUGACAAAUAUAUCGACGACAGUUUCAUCAUGGCAAGACCACGUAAACGAUUCUACUAA